CUUCCCUCAAUAUGGCCUUGAAAAGUUCUCCCUUCGUAUCCUACUACUUCUCUCUCCUCUUGGUUUUUCAAAUGCAUUUUUAGCUUUUAACUUCUCUCUCUAGCUCUGUCGAGCAUCUGCAGCUUGGACCUUGGCCUUUCUCCGAUGCCCACUCCUUCACCGCCGUUGGAAACUCCAAUGGGCGACUGGACUCUGGACCAGCAGCAGCAAAUUACCAUUUUUUAUAAUGGCCAAGUUUUCGUUAGCGACAUAACUGAACUUCAGGCUAGGGCCAUGAUUUUGUUGGCAGCUGGAGAUAUGGCAGAAAGGGGGAUAUCAAGUGUGUCAAACGCAGCGUUGCUUGCAUUGCAAUCUCAAAUAUAUGGGCCUCCGGGUGUGUCCAUGAAGAGGUCUCUUCAGAGCUUUCUCCAAAAGAGGAAGAAAAGAAGUCAAGAAGCUUCUCCAUACAACAGCCUACAAUAGCAUAUUAUUAUUAUAGAAUUUGCUGCAAUUAGUUAAUGAGUUUUAACCACAGAUCAGUUAUUUGGAUUUAAUAUGUAUGCCAUAAUGUCAAGACUAACGUGGCAUGGAUUAUGCAGCCCCAUUUUUUUCACUAUGCUAAAAAUGUACAAGUUUUACUGCCACAAGUAAUUGGCUUAUU